UAUAUAUAUAUAACGUUAUAUAUCUUUUGUAUUGUUAAAGCAGCUAAACUGCUUUACAUCCAAAAUAUGAGCUAGUGUACUGUCCACGUACAAGACGAAAAGAAGAAACUGAAAGAGCACUAUAGAGCAGAUAAGAGUUAUAGAAUAGUACAGCAGAUAAACAAAGGCCUGAAGAGUGCUGAAAUAGGAUUGAAGUGCGCAUGCUCCAGAAUCCAGUCUGAGUUCAUCUGAUAGAGCGGACACGAGGAUGAAGAAGUAUAUGCCAGAGAACAAACAGCAAGUGAAUGAAGAAGAGGAAGAAGGCCUGAAGAGCACGGGAAAAGAGGGUGAUUGCACAACAAACUUCAGGAUCUUGUCCAAUGGCACCAUUUGCCACAAAACAGAAAGAAGUCUCCACAUCAAGAGAACAGAAGAAAGAUUGAACAUGAACAAUGCAGAAGACGAAAAAUUGAAGAGCGCUGAAGAAGGGGUGAAAGUUUGGCAACAUCUAAUAUUCCAUACGACUGCAAUGACCAGAGGUAGAGAGAAAAGAAUCCAAGAAAGAGAAAUCAGAAGAAGCAAACCAGAUGAGCAAAGAAACCUGAAAAGCACUGGGUACGAGUUGAAGAUGCAACAAGCGUCAGGAACUCAACGAACUGUCCCGUUUGAUGACAAAUGAGGCAGCAUGUAAUAAGUAGUGACGUCACGAACAGCCAAAGCUGUUGAAACAAUACAAAUGUAAACCAGAACAUGCAGAGUGCUGGAAGUAGGGUGAUUGAUGCGGCAAACUCCCAUGUUCCAAUGGACAAACAAAUACGGUCAAUAGGAAUACGACGAAUUGGCAGUUGCCCACACAACAAU